AUGCCCGAAUGGGUGCCUACGGGCGUUCCCGAGAGCGUCAUGCUCAAGGCGAUCGAUCUCGCCUUCAACCUGGUCUUGGACCAAGGUGCUUGCGCUGCUUGGUUUGCCUGGGGCAAAGAUGCCACAAAAUUGCUUAUGUUCACCACCUUGUCGCUCUUCGUGCUCUAUAUGGGCUUUGUGGAUGCGGCCCGUGGCGACCACCGCACGAAGCGCGCCCUCUUCUUCCUCAACACCCUCCCUCUCUUCCUCGACACCCUCUUAGAGGGCUUGUCUUUCCACUGCGCCUCCUCCGCUCCUGGCCCUCUGCAAUGGGUCGCGCUCGUGGUUGUGGCCUUGGUGAAGGCCCUUGGCCUGACCCUCGGUUGGCACAGUUGGGUCAAGCGACGACCCUCUUGCUUCCGUUCAAUGUGGGCCCGCAAGACCAUCCUUAUUGGCGACAAUUAA